UUUAAGUCUGCUCUUUUCAGAGGGAGGACUCUCCUGGCGCUGCAUAAAACACCCACGCCCAGAGACCCACACGCGCAUACUUCCUAACACACGCUCCUUCCGAACCGUGCGGAGGACCUUCAUCCUAAAACUCAUACACAGCCCAGAGCGUGGUGGUGUCCAGACAUCAAGAUGGCAGCACAGGGAACCCCAGCCAUGGCCAACAAAGGCCCAUCGUACGGAUUGAGUCGCCAGGUACAGGACAAGAUUGAUAAGAAGUAUGACCCCGAGCUUGAGCAACGUCUGGUGGAGUGGAUCAUGGCCCAGUGCGGUUCUGGAGUGGGGAAGCCUGCAGAUGGCAAGCAUGGCUUCCAGGAAUGGCUGAAAGACGGAUGUGUCCUCAGCGAGCUCAUCAACAGUCUCCAUGAUGGAGACAAGCCCAUAAAAAAGAUCCAAAGCUCACCAAUGGCCUUCAAACAGAUGGAGCAGGUGUCUCAGUUCCUUAAUGCUGCAGAGGCAUAUGGCGUGACUAAAACCGACAUGUUUCAAACUGUGGACCUUUGGGAGGGAAAAGAUUUGGCUGCGGUGCAAAGAACACUGAUGGCUCUUGGCAGCAUUGCAGUCACAAAGGACGACGGGACUUUCCGUGGUAACCCCGACUGGUUCUUCAAGAAAGCGCAGGAGAACCGGAGGGACUUUUCCGACGACCAGCUGAAAUCGGGGAAGAACGUUAUCGGCUUGCAAAUGGGCUCCAACAAAGGGGCAUCCCAAGCUGGCAUGACAGGCUACGGUAGACCCAGACAGAUCCUAAACCCUUAAAUCCACUCACUUCUAAACCUCAUCUACCCCUUUUCCAGUCCCCCUAUACUACUCUAAACAUGUGCCAAAUUAUCAAACUAACCAUUUACCGAAAGCAUAAGGACAUACACACUCAUGUGCUCAUUCACAGUUUACAUACGAAAACAGAAACAAACCAAUAUCUCUGUUGUACAUCUUGGGACAAUAAGUAAGUAGUUGUUGAAAUACUUUGAACGAAUCCUUAAAAUACAGCACAUGGAAGAUGUAAAUUUGAUGAAGUUUCGAUGAUAAAGUUUUUUUUUUUUCCCUGAUGGUUUAAGUGAUUUUAGUACCAAUGUAAUAAAGGAGGUAACUGACUGACAGAAGAUUUUAAUCAUUUGGACGUCUGUGAUAAAACUUUUCAUUUUUGCGAACAUGUACUUGGUCAACCUUCUAAUGCAAAUAAAGGUAUGCUAAAACAA